AACCUUUCUGUAACCCUAACACUGCGAAUCGAGGACACCCUUCGGUGGAAUCAUCACUGCGUCUUCUUCAACCAACCACCGCGACCAGAGCUCUUCUCCGCCGCGUCCGGAGCUCUUCUCCACCACGUUCAAGUUGUUUAAGGAUAAUGGGUCGGAAAGCUGGUACGCUUUUUAUCAACCCCAAGAGAUUCGGUAAUCUUCAAAAACCUUGCAUGAAGGAAAUGGCAUUGUUUCUCAGUUGUAUGGCUGCAAACCAUAGUGACACCGAAGCCUGUGCUCGUCAGAAGGAGCUAUUGAAUGUCUGUAUUGAUGCUCAGAGUAAAAAGAACAGAAAGUCUUGGGGGAGUAUCAAUUAUCAACUGCAGAGGCUUAACCGAGGAAGGAAGUAACUCAAGAUUUUUCAUACGUGUAUUGUUUUUGCAAUUCAAGGGAAGCUUAGCCUGUUAUGCACUGCUUUGGUUGUCAACCUAGAAUGACCAUACACUAACUUGUAUUCUCCCUUGAAGUAUCUUGAUGAUAAAAUUUCUACUUUUUGUUUGUUUAAAUCAUUUAAUUAAGUUGAAUGAGAUGGUGGAAUAAUAUUGGAGAAUACCAAUGUAACUUCGUUUCUGUAUCAUUUUAAGCUUUAACAUGCUACAUUUCAUUUAUGACACCAUCACUCUGAUGUUGGUUGCCCUUCACACUCUGUAUGAUAAAAUUCUUUUAUAAUUGAUGAAAAUGAUAGUAGUUGAUCA